AACCACAUCCGAGUCCAGAUUCCAGAUAGAGGAUCCUCAACCUCAAGAGCCUUCUCUCCCCUCUCUCUAGGAACACCCAAAACCCCUAGAAGUAGAAUUAGGGUUUCGUGCUUUCUCUGUUUUAUCUGUUAGAACUAGGGUUUGAUCGAGUAGUACACUGUUUUGAGUCUUCUGCAAGGUCUUUGAAGUGAUUCGAUCCCGUUCGCCUGUCGGAUAGCAGAGAAAUGGAUUUUGACGAGUACGAUUACCUGGAGAAGGCUGUGGAAGAGCAAGAGAAUCGAAAUGAGUCUUCGAAGAAGAGAGGUGGAGCUGAAAAGAGUGAGAGGGAGUACAGGAGGCGGGAGCGGGAUGAAGAUGGCGAUGGCGAAGAUGACGCCGAAGAAGAUGAGAGGAGGAGCAGUAAGAGGUCUAGAGGCGAGGAGGAAAAUGGCGGGAGGAGAGAGCGUGAGGGCAGAGAGAGGUCAAGUCGUUCGGAGCGGCACAGAAGUGAGAGGGAUGGUGAGAGGAAGAUAGAAAAAGAAAGGGAUGGGGAGAGAGAAAGAGGUAGUAGAGAGAAAGAGAGGGAGAGGGAAAAAGAUAAGGAGAGGGAAAGAGGUAGUAGAGACAGGGAGAAAGAGAGAGAUGUAGAGAGAGAAAGAGAUCGAGAGCGUAGUAGGAGGGAGAGGGAUGAGAGAGAGAAGGAGAGGAUCAGGGAGAGAGAUAGAGAGAGGGAGAGAGAAAGAGAGAGAAGAGAAAGAGAGAAGGAGAGAGAGCGGGAGAAAGAGAGGGAGAGGUCAAGGAGAAGCAGAAGUAGGUCAAGGAGGCAUGAAAGUGAGAAAGAGAAGGAGAAGGAAACGCGAGAAAGAGAACGUGAAGUUGAGAUGAGAGAAAGCAGGAAAUUUAAGGAAAAGAAAGAAAUGGUGGAGCCUGAAGCUGAUCCUGAAAGGGACCAGAGAACUGUUUUUGCUUAUCAGAUGCCUUUGAAGGCGACUGAGAGAGACGUUUAUGAGUUCUUCUCCAAAGCAGGCAAGGUGAGAGAUGUCCGGCUUAUCAUGGACAGGAAUUCAAGACGGUCAAAAGGAGUUGGGUAUAUUGAAUUUUAUGAUGCAAUGUCUGUGCCAAUGGCAAUUGCCCUAUCUGGCCACCUACUUCUUGGACAACCAGUAAUGGUCAAACCUUCUGAAGCUGAAAAGAAUCUUGUUCAAUCUACUGCUUCUGGGGGGAGCUCAGGUGGUCUUGCGGGACCAUAUGGACCAGUUGAUAGAAAAUUGUAUGUGGGGAACUUACACUUUAACAUGACAGAGCAUCAGCUUCGGCAGAUUUUUGAACCUUUUGGUGCUGUGGAACUUGUGCAACUGCCCCUUGACCCUGAGACAGGACACUGUAAAGGUUUUGGGUUCGUUCAGUUUUCCUCAGUUGAACACUCAAAGGCAGCUCAAAGUUUGAAUGGGAAAUUGGAUAUUGCUGGGCGGAUUAUUAAGGUUUCUUCAGUUACAGAUCAUGUUGGUGUGCAAGAUUCUGGGGCAAAAACUGCAGACUUUGAUGAUGAUGAUGGGGGUGGUUUGGCAUUAAAUGCUCAAUCAAGAGCUCUUCUCAUGCAGAAGUUGGAUCGUACUGGUAUUGCCUCAAGUAUUGCAGGGUCUCUUGGAGUACCCGCACUUAAUGGGUCUGUUCCAAAUCAACAGACAAUGAGCCUGCCUCUCAAUGGGCAAGCUGCUGUUCCUGCUCCUAUUCUCCCAGCUCAAGUUGUAGCUGCCCCAGCCCCUGAACCUGUUGGGAACCCGAGUGAGUGUUUACUGUUGAAAAAUAUGUUUGAUCCAGCCACUGAGACAGAGCCAGACUUUGAUCUGGACAUUAAAGAGGAUGUGGAAGAAGAAUGUUCCAAAUUUGGUCGAGUGAAGCAUAUCUAUGUGGACAGGAACAGUGCUGGUCAUGUGUAUUUGCGGUUUGAAACUGUGCAAGCUGCAGCAGAUGCACAACGAGCAAUGCAUAUGAGAUGGUUUGCACGCAGGUUGAUUUCAGCUUUAUAUAUGGUAAUGUAUUUUCUUCCUUCUUGCCGCAGUUCGUUAAUUAUCAAUUUUGACCAUUCCUUUAUUUUGUUUUACCGGAAGGCUGUUUAGGCUGGCAGAAUAUGCUAGGUGAGUAGGCAAGAGCACUGAUCAUUUUCCUUAUCGAGAAAAAAUUGAUUUUCAUUUUCUUAACUACAUGCUGCUAUACAUAUACUAGCCAUCAGACACGUGGUGUGUGUAAUGUGUUAAUUUUAUGCAUACAUGAUGCAUGUAUGUAUAUGUAAUGAAUUAAUUCUUUAAAUUUUUACCUUUGUCUAUUUUUAUAAUUUAAUUAAAUUUUUCUGUUGCUAAAAUUUACUCUAUAUUUCACUGAGUUAUUGUAAAAUGCUGACAAAAUGUGGUCUAGUACAUUUUUCAAUUGAAGUUUAGAAUUUGUAUUAGACUAUUGUUAGAUGUUGAAAAGUAGAUUUUGAAGAAAGAAUUAUGUAGGUAAUUAUGAAUUAAUUAUUAUUUUUUGAUAUUUGUGUUUAGAUAUUUGUCUUGCCAUAUUUCCAUUAUCUUUGCUAUUUAACUCUUAUUGUUGUAGGGAUAUUCUAGAAAAAUAAAAAGUGGACACCAGGGUAGGAAAAUUGCCUAUAUGUGUGUAUUUGCCAUCGGGUGGAAGAUGCUUGUGUAUUGUCUUUAUUUAUUUAUUAUAUUAUUCAUUAAAUAUUUGUUUUUUUUUCUACUUAAUAAUUUCAAUUACUUUAGUUUUUAUGUGUCUAACAUCUAUUCUCUAUUCCAUUGUGAAUCACUGCAAGUUGUUAAAUAAGCAAUGGUGAAUAAAUCAUGUUGUUUUACUAAAAUUUAGAAUUUAUGGAGGAAUAUUUUAGGAUGUUAAAAAUUAAACACCAGAGUAUUGGAGUUAUGUGUUAAUUAUAAAUUGCCUGCUGGCUUUUUUAGGAUUUAUUCUAAUAAAUUAUUCUUCUUUGUACAUAUUCUUCCUACUUAAUAUAUUACUUUCUGUCUAAAAAAAUUAUAAAUUUACUAUGAAAUAUGUUUGUUAGUUAUAAAUUAGGAGUUUGUUUUCGAAUACCUAAUAGAUAUAUGCGUAUAUAUAAAUUUUUAUAUUUUCAUUAGUUUUAAUAUUCAAGUAUUAUUUGUAGAGGUAUUAGAGGAAAAUAAAAAGUGGUCACUAACAUCUACUGAGCAUUAGACACAUACAAUGCAUGUGUAAUAUAUCUUCAUGCAUUUUUUUAUAGAAGGUGGAAAAGAUAUUCUAGGAUGUAGGUUAAAAAAAAAAAAACAGCUCCAAAGAAAGAGUUGAUUAACUCAUUAUUAUAACCUGCAUUUCUGUAAGUAGUUGGACGAAGUAUAUUCUUCUAAAAUUUUCAUUUCCGAUUAUAUGCGUUCGACAAAGUUUGUACCAUACUCGAGAGAGAGAUGAAAUGGAAAUGAGCAAAAUUAGCUAGUUCAUCAGCUGUUGAUUCUUGUGUCAUGUUUUAUUUGCAGUGUGGAGGGGUGGAAGUGAAAUGAAAUAAAAUGAAAAUUUAGAUGAAGAUAUGAGAAGAUCAAGUAAUAAAUUUGAUUUCAUUUUGUUUUUAAGUACCGAACAUGUUUUAAUUGUGAUGGAAGUACCUUGUAUGGUUUGAUGAAAAAUAUGAAGAGGUCAACUAAUCACUUCUGCUUGGCGCCAUAAUCAAUACUGCAGUUUAAGACCUUUGUGUCCUAUUGCUUUUUUGUUUAUUGCUUAAAAUCUCCAGUCUCGAUGAUUAUAAUGUAAGGUGUAGAACUUGCAAUACUGAAUUUUUGGUGUGGAUUUGUUCAUUCUUGCAGCAACCUUAUGAAUACGAAGCCAAGUUCAAAGGUGGACUGUAGAAAAAGCACUCCGAUGCUGGAUUUCUUGGGAUUAUUCUGGGAACCGAUGCGUGCAGAUAUGUGAAGUCGCACUUCCAAUUCUAUUUUAUUUUAUUUUGUUUUUGUUUUUUUGUUUUUUUUCUUUUUCUUUUUUUGCGAGGGUUCCCUGUGGGAGGGGUUGUAUUAGUCAUUGACUUUUUGCUUUUUUGAAAAAUUUUCUUUAGAUUUACAGACAAAUUUUCACACAAUAUAAUACUAAACAUAUUAUAUUA